UCCAUUUUGGUGGGUGAAUGAUGGAUAUGAUAGCAGAUGCAGUUGUGGGCGCUGUGUUUCAGGAAUUGCUGAGAACUGUUUUGGACAUAACAAGCAAAGCCAUCACGUUCAAGCAAAGCAUGGGCAACCUCCAAUCCACUCUAGAGGCAAUAGCUCCACUGAUCAGAGAGAUAGAACAACACAACAACGAGUUGGGGCGUCCAAAGGAGGAACUGGAAUCGCUGCUAAGGAAAAUGGAAGAGGGCACGAAGCUUGUAUGCAAGUGUUCAACGGUUGGAAGGCUAGAUUAUGUGGGAAGGGUUCGUUACCAGAAUCAGAUAGAAGAGCUUUCGAACUGGCUCAUGAGGUUUUUCGUCAUUGACCUGCAAGCUCAGAUGGCGAGAGAUCUUAAGGAGACCUUGCGUAAGGUUUCAGGAGCUGCUGCGUCUUCACUUCAUGAAUCUGAUGUCAAUAGCUCAACAAAAGCCCAAUCAUUAGUGAAUGAUUCUGCUGAUUAAACUCAAGGCAUGGAUUCAAGCUUCAGACAAG